CGUGUAUUACCAUCGAUAAAUAAUGUAAUCUAGCCACGUAAACAUUGUAGCCAAGGAACCAGAGGCAAUUUAAAACCAAGUGCAGCAGCUCGCCUUUCUGAGUUUUGUCAGGAACAUCUACGGAUAAUUGCAGAUUAUUUACGGUGUAAAAUUAUUUGUUUAUAAAUGCAAGAUGCGCCAGAAGUGUCUUAACUAGGCAGCCAGGACCAAUGAUGAGUUCCUGUGCUCCAAGAACUUAUUUACCUGACAGGUCUUGACAGCACACAGGAACAUCAGACCCAGACUGAUAUCAUGGAGGAAACAAAGGGAGAGCUGGUACAUCUGUGUAUGGACUAUCCUGAGGGUCUCUCCAUAUUCAAGAUUCACAACCUUUACCUGAAGGCCUACAACAAGCCUCUGGAUCUGGGAUGCUCAAACAGGUUGUUGGCACUAGAGACACUGCUGAAGACCAUGCCUGACCAGCUCCGCUUCUCCUCUACUGGAGGACUGACUGUAUGGCCUAUCAUGUCUCGUCUACAGACAACCACCUCAUCAUCUUCCUCACCAUUAGCAUCAUCGUCAGCAGCAGCUAUAAAACGUCCCACUGCACCWGGAUGCUCAGCACAGGAUAUCAGCAAAGCUGUGUGCCUGAACAGGCUCAGAAGAGAGGUGCUGCUCAUGCUCAGCGCCAUCCCUGGUGGUGUGGAGGUGCCAAAGCUUUGUGCCUGCUACAAGCAGAUGUACGGCAGGCAGCUGACCCUCGGAGAAUAUGGGCUGGCAGGCCUCCAAGAGCUGUUUACUGCCCUGGGGGACCAGGUGUGUGUGGAGAGACAGGACAAGAUGAACUUGGUUAGGCUGAGCAGUCCUGGCGACCAGAUGGAAUACUCACAGCCACAGCAGGAGCCUGUACGGGAGAGGAGGAGGAGGAGAGAGGAAAAAGAAGAGAGGGAUGUAAAUAAAAGCCCGUCAGGAGCUCUGCUCAGGAAGACAGCGAUGUCAGAGACUGAGAAGGCCCAGAGGAAGAUCCUGUCCCUGGUGGAGCAGCACCCAGAGGGGAUCCCCCUGAACAAGCUGACGGUGGCCUACAGCCAGAAGUACCACUGCAACCUCACCCUGUCCUCCCUGGGCUUCAGCUCCACAUCUAGCCUGGUGGCCUCUCUGGAUGGGGAGCUCUAUGUGGACAUGGACCUGGUCUUCCACAGGAGCCAUAGAGGAGCCGCCGGAGCUCCAGAACAGGCAGGGGGAGACCAGGUUAACAUAUCCCGCAGGCCUCGGUCUGGGAAGGACCCACCGUCGAGGACCCUCUCCCCCAGAGCUGUACCACUGAAAACCCCACCUCUGUCUACUMCCCCGAUCACCUUUGGUUUCAGCUGUGGUUCUGGGUCUGAUCCCCUACAACCGGCCCCAGGCUCUCGCUAUGGGCCUCCCCCAAGCUCUGGGUCUUCCCUUGGGGCUACCUGUCCUUCUAUUCCCCCCUCUGCUGUCCCUCGCUCCUCCCCUCUCCUUUCUUUCUCCAGAACAGUGAAAGAGAAUGAAGAGGUGACUCGGGAAGAGCUACUAGACAGAGUUAAAGAAGUGAUAAAGGUGUACCCCCCUGCUGCCACAACUAUCGCCCAACUACAGAACGGCUACUUGCUGCGCUUUGGGAAGCCACUUCCUCUCCAGCAGUACAGGUCUCUGUACGACAACCAUGAGAAACAACCUGCAGCAUCCUGCGCACUUGCAGUCCAGGGAAAGACAGGAGCAGAGAAACCAGCAGCCACUCCAAAGAAGACAGAGCGUGAGGGACAAUCUGCUCCUUCCACACUCCUGAACAACGGAUACGUGCAGGACCGGAUGCACUCUAAAACAAGGUCUCCCCUGCUACGAACAACAUCACCAGUUCCAUCCUCAUCCCCGUUACUCUCCCAGCCCCCCGUCACUCCACAAAUCCCCCAGCCUGGUACCUCCGCAUCGGACUCUGACUUCCCUGCACUGAAAGCGGAGCUGAGGCUGACCAAAGCCCAAGAGCGGAGGCAGCUAGCUGUGGGACAGAGGGAAGGAAACUCCCCUGUCUUCAGAGAGGCCUACCAUGCCCAGCUCAGGGAAGUGCAUGGGGCUAACGUGCGAGCUGUGGAGGCGCAUGCUGAAGAGGAGGAGGAGGAGGAUGGGAUGAGGAGGAAGAGGAAGAAGGCUCUGGAUCCUGAGGCGGUGAAUAGUCUGGUGGAGGACGUCAUACGAGACAUCGCAGCCGAGGGAGAACUUGUCACCAGAGAGAAGGUGAUCUCCAGGGUGUGCAGGCUGAUGCAGGUCCGCACUCUGGAGGCAGGCAGGAUAGACCUCCGCUGGCAGAUACCAGCUCUGAAGGACCUGCAACGCAACCUUCGAGAGAUCAACAUGUUCAUAGAGUCUGCAGAGGCUGUGACUGCGAUGUGUACCCUGUAUGAGUUGGGUCAGAACCUGGCUGGUCUGAAGAACAAGAAGCGUUUUGAGGAGCUGAACCUGGGGCCGCUGUGUAAACUGCCUCUCAUCCAUCGCAUGUUCAAGAUAGACAGCAACACCAAGGACGAGGACAUUCACCAGAUAGAGACUGUGGACAUACUGAGGAGUCUGCGUGUGUUCAGGAGGAAACAGAAUAAGCCCAAGGUGGACCUGGCUGAGUUUAUGAAGCACCUGUCUGACCAGUAUAGCUGUGACUCUCCCUACGAACUGGGCAUUCGUAUACACAGCGUGGGCCUGCCCAUAGCCACCUUACAGAAGGCGGUGAGCUCAGAGCAUGUGUGUAUGGAGCGUGCCCGGGAGGCCAUCCAGAGGGAGUUGGAGGAGGAGGUGGGGGAGAGGAUGAGGAAGAUGAAGAGGGUCGUGAUGGAUGGGGCACAGGGCCCCGUCCUCUUCUCCUCUGUCGGGAGUGCCGAGCUGAGGAAGAAAUACGUUACCAUGACUGCAGCCGAUGCCGUGCUCGAGGUCUUCACCAACGCGUCCGGGGUCUUCAACCCCAAGAUGACCAAGUCGGUGCAGGACUUCAUGCUGCGUGUGUCAGCUGACCGUCUGGCCAGGGCCUUGUUCCAGCUGGCUAUCUGUGGGGGGUCGCUGGCUGCCCCUCAGGACCUGGUGCCCAAAGAGAAGCCAGCCAGACACACUCAGGAGAGGAGAGCUGAGGAGAAAACACAGGCCACACCACCCAGCGAAGCCGCAGUCAAGCAGGUCCUGAAGGACAGCCUGUCCAAUCACAGCUUUCCAUUCACCCUGGCCCAUGUGGCGUCUCUGGAGAGGAAGUUAGCCAAGCACUUCCAGGUCACAGAGUUCACCUCUUUGGAUCAGGGCUCCUUCCUGGAGUUCCUGGUCAAACAGGCUCAGGUCCUGCAGGAGACAGUAGGCGGUGCUGUGGUCGUGGGCAGCAGUAGUGGUGGUGGUGGUCAGGACUGGCAGGGCCAGGGGUGUGGCUUCAGACCCAACAGACAAGACGUGUUUGAGUUUAUCAGACAGUGUGGCACUACAUCAGCCAACGAACCAGACGGGCUGUCCCACAUCGAGUGGUGUCUGAGAGCCCACUACGGGGUGAGGGACAGUCGAGACCUGGGGCUGGGACCUCUUAGGACCUUGGUGGGACUGGUGCAGRGCCAGAGCGAGCUCAGUCUGGGAGGAGGGCUCAGCCAUGUGCUCUACGAGGCAGCCCUGCUCCCCAGAGACGCCAGCAGUAGCAGUAGUAUAGGUGAGGCCCAGCAGAUGGUGGGUAUCCUAGGGGAGGUAUCUCAGACCCAGGCCUUGUCCUGUCUUCUCUCCUGCCCUCUACUGGAUGAGCUGGGUCAGUGGAGCCAGUGGGAGCUGGUCUUCAGGCCCCGCCACGGACCCCUUAAGGACUUCAUCGACAGGAACGCUGCGAGCACAGACCUGUCAGCGUUGGAGGUAUCCCCAGGUGUUCUCCUGCGGGUCACCACCUGUACAGGGGACAAGCUCUUCUCCCAGGCAGCCAUGACCCUUGACCCCGUGGGCACGGCAGGACACCUGGUCUCCAUGGUGGUGGCUGAUGGGACAGCCAACGCCCCCACCGCCCUCCUGGCCAAUCACAUGGAGAGCUCUCUGGCGGCGGCGGUAGCAAAGGAAGAUCUGUCACGGGCUGAGGAGGAUGGGUCGUGUUUCAGCUCUGUGGCUCUCUUCCUCCUGGACUGUCUGAUCCGCAUCCCCACCAGAACCUGCCGGGCCCUGCUGCAACAGGUGUUUCUGGAGCCCUUCUCUCGGGUGCUGGGUGGCCAGGCAAAGUCUAAAGCGGUGCUGCUGUCUACAGCCCGGUCCAACCUGCGCCACCUCAACUGUCUGCACCAGCUGGGCAUCGUGCUUGGCAUCACAGACUGGGUCAAGGACUACCACACCAAGCUCAGCCCACCACAGAACCAGGACCUAAACCAGAGCCAGAACCAGGCCCAAACACCACCAGUCGACCAGACCAAGGCUGCUCCUGUGGAUUCUGUGAGCAGAAGUCUCUCUCAGACUCUCAGUGAGGAUGAGGAGUUCCCAGAGAACUACAGCUCUGACUCCUCCCACCCCACUCAGCCACAGCACGCAGAUCUUCGUCCUUCAGAUGGCUGGGAUGAAGACGACGAUGAUGAGUUGUAUGAGCUGACCUCUGAGAUCUUGGAGACACUCGGAGACACACACACCGAGAAAGACGGAGAGGAUGACCUAGAGGAAGGAAAGUCAUUGGCUGAGCCUGAGAAAGCGGACAAUGCUGAUAGCCAAUCAGAGAGCAGAGUGGAUUGCCACAAGGACAUAAUUGAUGACAUCAGGAAGAGUGAGUUUGGUAUUGGAGUAGAGCUGAAUGAGGAGGGUCAGAGGUUGAUGACUGUUCACCAGGAGAGGCUGGGGCGCAGUCUGGACCGGCUGUCCACUGAACUCUACAGCAAAGACACACACUUUGUACUGGAACUCAUACAGAACGCUGAUGAUAACAGUUACCCGACAGAGGGGGGCACGGUCCCUGCACUGGCCUUUGUUGUGGAGAAAGGCUGUGUGACUGUCCUGAACAACGAGACAGGCUUCCAGGAGAAAAACAUCCGGGCCAUCUGUGACGUGGGCCGCAGCACCAAGGGCAAACACAAAUACGGAUACAUAGGUCAGAAGGGAAUAGGUUUUAAAUCCGUGUUCAAGGUGACUGACUGUCCUGAGAUCCACUCUAACGGAUUCCAUCUGUGCUUCAACAAGACCAGUGGCCCCAUGGGAUACAUCCUGCCACACUGGGUCGACGACGAGAGACCUCUCAACACACACCUGGCCAACCACACACAUACCAGCUGGACCACUAAGAUCUGUCUGCCGCUGCGCUCGGAGUGCUACCAGACCAGAAACCUGUUCCACGAUGUCCACCCCUCUCUGCUGCUCUUCCUACAUCGCCUACGAUCUAUCACCAUCUACAACCAGGCUGAGAAGCGGAUGGUGACCAUGACGCGUAGAGACCUGAGUCACAGCGUCCUGGAGGUGGAACACACUGAGGGAACAGAACGCUGGCUGGUGGUCAAACACACACUGCACCCCACCAAGAUCAAAGAUGAAGUGGAGUCCACUGAGCUCGCCCUGGCCUUCCAGCUGGGUGAUGACCUCACAGGAAGUGACAUCCGAGCCCCGCCCCAGAAGCAGCCAGUCUUCGCCUUCCUGCCUCUCCGAAGCUUCGGCUUCCGCUUCAUCAUCCAAGGUGACUUUGACAUUCCUUCUUCUCGUGAGGAUGUGGACAGAGAUAGCUCAUGGAACCAGUGGCUCCGUUCUGAGAUCCCCCAACUCUUCUUACGCGCCAUGGACGUCUUCAGUGAUCACCCAGAGUUCAGUGGGCUGAAGGGCCUAUGUAAUUUCCUGCAGUUUGUCCCUCUGCCUGACGAGGUGCUCGACUUCUUCAAGCCUGUCGCCGGGCAGAUUAUACAGCUGCUCAAGGGAAAGGCCUUCUUACCCACACUCAACACAGAUGGUUCUGUGGUCUACAAGCUACCCUCCCAGGUCGCUGUGUGUCGGGAUCCGGUCAUUCGCGACGUGAUUGAUGGAGAGGAGCUAAACAGACACCUGUCUCUGUCCUAUCUGCAUCCGGGCCUGCUGCCAGCCCCGCCCCUAUCCCUGCUCACUCACCUGGGAGUACGACACCUGAGGGGGAGUGACGUCACCACAGUAACAACCGCCAUGGCCAAGGAGCUGUUGCAGGGAGAUGGUGUCAACUCAGACUCAGGCCUGCGUCAUCUGGCCAGGUUGUUGGUGUGUAACUUCCGUGCGUUGGAGCAGGGCUACGGAGAGACAGACUCUAUCCUGACCACCCUCAGAGAUCUACCCAUAAUCCCACUGGCUGACGGGCGCAUGGUGGCACUCAGCGGAGAGGGAGUCUUCUUCCCCAUGACUGAGACCAAGAAGCACAGCAACACAGGUGUAUAUGGAGCACUGUACAGGGAUGUGUGUGUGGUCCACCCGUCUCUGCUUUCCUGUGUGGAACCACUGGAGAGCCAGCAGAUCCGAGAGCUGCUCAGGAGGCUGGGAGUCCACGAGCUAGAGCCACAGCAACUGCUUGAGAAACACAUAUACCCUGCCCUGAAGAACAACACAUGGAAGUCCAAGCCGGUGGAGGCAGUGGUGAGCUACCUAGUGUUCAUCAAGCAGCACUCCUCCCCUCAGGAGUACACUCACCCAGACACUGUAGUACCGGUACUGACCACAAGGGGACUGCUCUGCCCUGCUGACCACAAAGUACACUUCUCUACACACUACGGCAAUAUGGACCUGCCCAACAAACUACCAGGUGUGGACUGGGUGUUGCUGAGUGGUUGUUAUGUGGAGACAGAUGGAGACGUGGAGGGAUGGAGAGAUCUGUUCAUCAGGCUGGGAGUCAGAGAGAGACUCAUACUGAGGAAAGAGAGAAUCACUCUAACUUCUAAAGAGCUGGCCUCCAGUCCCUGGGCGGUGGAAAGUGAGUUGUGGCCGGGUAGAGCAGGCAGGGCCGGAGGACCAGAGGAGGGGUGUGUGCUGGAUGACUACCCCAGCGAGGAGCUCCUCUCUCUGGUCACGGCACAGCUGCCUGCCCCUGUCCUCAUGGAGCAGAGACGAGCCCUGCUGGAGCUACUGGAGACCAACUGGGACACUGGUGACCGGUACUCUCAGUAUCUCACAGCCCAGGUGAUUGACAGCGAGGGCCGGCUAAUCAAGAGCACCAAGUCCUCCUUUUUCCAUUUCCUGUCCUGCCUUCCCUGGGUGCCGGCCUAUUGUCUGCAGGCAGGUGCAGAGGGAGGGAGAAAGGUGGAGUAUCUGUGUCCUAACUCAGUCUACCUGUACUCACCUGAGGUGCACAAUCUACUGGGGACUCACGUCAGCUAUAUUGACAUGACCCCCAGCGAGUUCACCAGGACUCUAGGAAUGAAGAACAGCGUCACUGUGGAGGAGCUGAUUGGCUACCUGAAGAAGUGGUGUGUAAAAACAUGCUCAGCUAGUGGUCCAGAGGGGCAGGAGAAGCAGGAAGAGGAGGGGUCAGAGUUUAGCUCAACUGUGCAGCACGUCCACAGUGUGUACUCCUUCCUGCACAAGAACUGUUCUCAGACCAGCCUCAAGGAGCUGUUCCAACAUACACCGGCCGUCUUCAUAGAGUACAACAGGAACGGAGACUGGUGUUCCGGUAGGUUCUACCACCUGAAGGAGGUGUGUUGGAGCGACCCCACCGAGAUGUUUGUCCGCUACCGGGAGCUGACCCGCGGGGCUGACAGUACGGUACAGGAACCCAGAGUCCUGGCCCCCUUCUACAGCAAACUGGACGACAUGCCGGAACUCUUCAAACGGCUGUUAAACGUGGAGCGCACCCCAUCCAUGCUGCAGUACGUGAUUCUACUGGAGCUGGUGUGUAACUCCUGUCCUCUACCUACUGUAGAUGUACUCCGAGAUGUGUCCAAACUCUACGCCAGGCUGGCUGACAAGUGUAAAACCCGUGGACAGGGAGAGCAGGAGCACAACCUAAGCAUCAACCCCAGAUACUGUUCUACACUGAAGGGGAUGUUGCUGGAUAAGAGGGUGUUCCCCACUAAGGACAACAGCUGGGUGACUCUAGCCCACAAACCCAUGAUACCAGACAGCAAAGAGCUGGAGAAGAUCUUUAAGGCCCACAAACAGGUGUGUCUGCUCAACCUGCCCCUCCCAGAGAAGAAGCCAGCARCCAGGACCAAGACUGGACCAUCCCAAGGUUGGUCUGUCAGUGCGGGGUGGUUCAGUGAGGAGGAUAGGAAUCUGUUCCUGGAGAUCUGUGGCUUACGCUUCCUGUCCCAAUGUGUCAGUACUGAGGCACAGACAGAGAACUACAGACCCUGCCCCUCCAUGCAGUGCCUGGUGCGGUCUGUGGUUCCCUAUAUCCAGAGGUUCCUCUACCACCACGAGGACCUGCAAGAACUCUACUGGGAACUAAAGAAGAACAACAUCCGACAGACCAUCAGACAGCUCACCUACGGACAGGUAGGUAUGCUGUACACGCGGUACCUGCUGUCUGUGAGUGAUGAGGAGCAUCCCGUGGUAGAGAUGGAGGAUGUCAUAUGUCUACUGAAGGACAACAAGGAACUCUACAUCCAGAAAGACCACCUCUCAGCCAGGCUCGACAUCUGCAGAGAGCUGGUGAAGCUCUUCAGCUUCGAGAGCAGUCACAGGAAGGAGCUGGUGCACUUCCUGAGUGGUCUGAUGACAUCACUGCCYGACAAUGCAGCUCUAAAGAGGUUCCUUCAGAAGGAGUGCCCAUUAGAACUGCCCAGUGAAGAGGAGGCAUGGGAGGUCCCUCAACCUGUACUACCUGUACAGCCAAUACCAGUGGCAUCACCGGUUGUCUCAACCCCAGAAGAUGAGUUCCGUCCUGGGCAGGAGGAUGGAGAGCAGACCCUAAUGUGUUGGCCUCCCCGCGCCUCCCUCUCCAACACAGCAGCCAGUCGCACAGAGCGCCAGCAGACAGCAGGACCAGUGGAGGCGGUGUUGAAGAUGUGGCCCCCUCCGGCUGAACCCAAAGACAGCCCCAGCCAUGGCUCCAUCUCCAACUACAGCCCCAGAGAGAGAGACCCAGAGAGGGAGAUGGAUGCAGGGAGAGAGGGUGUCCAGAGCGCCCGCGAUGGCACAGCGGAGCACCAUCCKAACCAUCUGGGUACCAUAGAGCCCAGUCAGGAUGCAGCAGUGGAAGCAGAGCAGAACGCAGACAGAGCUGUGGCAGGUAGAGAGUCUGGAGGAGAGAGGCCCAACACUCACAGAGCCAGCCAGCACACUGCAGGAGGCCCAGACCAGCACAGACCAGACAAGACCAGUGGACACACGCAGCAACCCUUCAGUACCACCAUUCCAGAGGGGGUGGUCUCCAGUGUGUUCCAGGGGGCUAGCCAGCGUCCUCCCCUGGCCCUGGACUCACCUGUUUGGGCUAAACCUCAGCAUCCUCAGGCCCUCCUGGAGGACCUGCAGCUUGAUUGCCAGAGACCUUCCACGGUACUGUUUUCUGACGAUCAGAGGGACACAGUGGCCAUCGGGGAGUGGGGCGAGAAGCUGGUCUUCUCCUUCCUCUGUCACUGGCGAGACAGCCAGUCCCCCGGGGGGCCCAGCCUGGUCACCUGGUACAACCAGUGCGGAGAGAGCGGCCAGCCCUAUGACUUCAAACUCAUUUUCAACCUCACCCAGGAGGGGGAGUCAGGAGAGGGGGAGGAAAAAGAGGAGAACCAAGAGAAGAAGAAGCGAGGGCUGGUAGUGAGAGAGGUGUUUGUGGAGGUGAAGUCAACGGUGAAGAAGGACAGAGCGUUCAUCCACCUCUCAGCCAACGAGCUGGACUUUGCUCUGAGGGAGAAGGAGAGGUAUCACGUGUUCAGGGUGUACAACGCAGGCGACUCCGAAAAGGUCCGUCUGUGUCGUAUACAGAACCUGGCCCAACACCUCCAUGCUAAAGACCUGGAGCUCUUCCUUUUUGUGUAGCCAAAAGAAGUGCACUAUAUAAGGAAUAGGGUGCCAUUUGGACYCAACCAAGUAUGUCUUUCUUCCUGAAUGUGUCUUUUACUGUCCCUCCAGUAACAUUUGGAUUCAGGUCUGUGGAACAUACCAUUUGAUACCAUAAUGUAGAUGCCACUUUUGUUGAAUUUGUUAAAUUUAAUAGCAUAAAAAAUACUUACUUUAUUAACACAGUUCCCUAGUGAAUGACAAGACGAAUACCAGCUGAAACAACUGUCAUUUAUUUCCUGAGUGCGUCUUAUCUAUGGUAACAUUUGUGUUGAUGUUUGUUGAAAAAAGUUGCUUCCCAUAGUUUAUUAACUGCUUAUUUUAUCAUGCAAGCUGUUUUUAUCUACCUCUUGUGUAAGAGAGGGGUCGGGUUUCUAUGUUAUAGCUAUUGCACUAUAGUCAGAAGGACUGCAGAGAAGACUUUUACUGGUAACUAAUGUUUUACAUGGAUUUGUGCUGCCUUUUUAAACAACCUUUUAAAUGCACAGAUUUUCGUUUAAGAACCUUUUAUAGUUUGAAGAUGUGUUGAAUCUUGACUGGUCGGAUGUAAGUGAACAUACACUUACGAAAUAUUAGGUUUAUGCCCUGUUCUCCGUCCCAAGCAAGUUGACAGUCAGGACAUUCCCUGGUAUUCAGUCAGUUAUAUUGUAAUGUCAUACUGGACUGUGAGUUAAGUUAUACAGUUUUGAAACCGAGAUGAGGUCUUUUAUUUUUGUCUCAGUUCUCAACAACAACAAAAAAGAAAAUACUGAACAACUGUUGGUGUUAGAUUUGUUUUUAUCAUUCCGUUGAAAAAUAAAACCUCUUUCCAGGUAA